AUGGCCGCCGUCAAGAGAAACAGAGGGAAAGUAUGGAGCAACGAAGCAACAAAAACCCUGCUUAAUCUGUGAUGCGAUGAAGCAAUUAAUUCAGGUUGGUAAGUUAUUCCGCAUAUUUUUGAAUAUUUUAACAUAGUUUUUAGGGUGGCAUUCGACUGAUUCGAGGUGGCAUUGCAAUUUUAGCCACCACAUGGCAUACGAUAGAGCAUGCAACAAGAACUGAAAAGCAAAACGUUUAAAAGACCACACUGAGGAAGAUGGCUAGUUCUGGUAGUGUGUAAUAGCAUAAUACGUAUAUUAUGUUGGAAAUUUUAAACAAUAUAUAUUUACGUCAUUUUAAUACAAAAUAAAAGUUACUGUACAUGUUCAGAAUGUUACUUUGUAUUUGAAUGUUACUCAAUAUAUUUUGUAGGAUCAGUUACGAGCGAAAGGUUUUUCUGACUUUACAUUAAAGGAAGUUGUAAAUGAAAUGAAAAAAUUAAGACAAAAAUAUAAAUCUGAGAAAGAUAAAACGAAAAAAUUGGGAAAUGGUAGAAGCAAUAAGUGGCUAUUUUUUGAGCAGAUGGACAGGUUCCUUUGUCAAAGACAUAAUAUCACUCCUGUUGCUCUUGUGGACACAAUGGCAGAAUCUGAGAAAAUGGAUCGCCAUAGCGAUUCUUUAGAUGAUGAUCAGAGUAUAGGUAUGCAGCAAGUUUGUUAAGAUUCAAGUGGAUACUAUGGAUGAAUCUGAUGAAGAUAAUGAUAUUAAUAUAUUUGCGUAUAUUAUUUAUAGAGGGUCCUGUGGGGAAAUGGGAGCUGGGACUUGCUUGUUUUUAAGGAAAAGGAGAUUUUAUUCACUGGAACUGGGGUUUACAACAAUAGAAACAAUUAAUGGUCAAAAUUUGGACUGAGAAAUGGGAUUACCCCCUCUUUAUAUAUCUAAAAAUCUUCUAGUAGAGGAUUUUUUUGUAUGUGAUAUGUACCACUAUAUGAAAUCUAAAAUGUGCAUAUACUGUAUAGUAUUAUUUUCAAAUGACUAAAUACUCCCAUUUUUAUGAUUUUUUGUUAGUUGAAAGUCUGGUGGAAAAAUAUGGAAAAGGUGAAAAUUUUAUCCGAAAGUGCCAAACAUGUGAUUAUGAAAAAACAAUUCAUACAGGUGGCGUUCAUUGUUCAGAAGGUGGUUCUCUUAGUGUUUAUGAUGAAGAAGAAGAAUUUUAUUGCCCAAAUUGUGACUAGCUUUGAAGCUAGUUUGGGAGUUGAUCACUGUAAUGGUAUAAACAAGUGAAUAUUUUUUUAUUUAGGGUGUGUGUUCAUGAGCCGAGCUGGGACUGGUGACCUUAGUCGUAGGGCUGGUUUUCAUCUCAUGUUUAUAACUUUAUAUGAGAAAAUCGACCCUAACUCUGGCUUCCCUGCAACUCGUUUAUUUUAUUAUGAAAAAAAAUCAUAUUUUGCCAAACAAAUUUUUGAAUGAUAACUAACAGCAAAUUGAGCAUUGUUCUAGAGCUAAAUAUUUAAAUAAAAAAGGAAGGAAAGCUGGGUUAUUUCCGGAUAGAUCUGGGUUUUUUACUUAGCCCUAUCGGGAGGGCUAACCCUCCUUGUUGCAUCUAUACAUGGAAAACUUCUAGCCCUAUGCUAUAGCGUGAUCUCGCCUGGGAGGGCUGGCCCUCUUCUCAUGUAAACAAAAUUAAUUUGUAAUAAGGAUUUCAAUGAAUCGGCGCAUGUUCGUUUGAACGUUUCUAGAUGCAAAAGGAGAUGGAGAUGAUGGCAAUGUGGAUGAUAAAGAUGACAAAGAAAACCAAAAGGUAGAUGGAAAGAAGGGAAAAAGAAUGGGGAAAAGAAAAAGGAAAAUGGAGAAAAGGAAAAAGAAGAUGGGGAAAAGGGCGUGCAUUCUAGUGUUGCUUCGAAAAAGAGAAAAAGUGGUGUGGAAAAGAGUUUAG